CCCAGUUGGGGCGGGGCCCGCGCACGCGCACUGGCUUCUGCGUCGGGGUUGGGGGUAGAUUUAUAUUCGCCGGAUCAGCUGACGAACUGCAUUGCAGCCUGCGGAGUGCAGCGGCGCCAUGUACGCUCUCGCCCUCUUCGCCAGCCUUCUGGUCACCGCUCUGACCACCCCUGUCCAAGACCCAAAGGUAUGCGCCGGGGGCUCAGCGGUGCUGUGCAGAGACCUGAAGACAGCCGUGGAAUGCGGGGCCGUGAAGCAUUGUCAGCAGAUGGUGUGGAGCAAGCCCACAGCGAAAUCCCUUCCAUGUGACUUAUGCAAAGAUGUUGUCACUGAAGCUGGGAACAUCCUGAAAAACAAUUCCACUCAGGAAGAGAUCCUUCAUUACUUGGAGAAGACCUGUGAGUGGCUUCCUGACUCCAGCCUCCAGAACUCCUGCAAGGAAGUGGUUGAUGCUUACCUGCCUGUCAUCCUGGACAUGAUUAAGGGGGAGAUGAGCAACCCCGGGCAAGUGUGCUCUGCACUCAACCUGUGCCAGUCUCUCCAGAAGUACUUGGCUGAGCAAAACCAUGAGAAACAGCUCGAGUCCAACGAGAUCCCGGAGGUGGACAUGACCAGAGUGGUUGCCCCCUUUAUGGCCAAUGUCCCUCUCCUGAUGUACCCUCAGGAUGGCACCCACAGCCAGCCCCAACUCAAGGCCAACGAUGACGUCUGCCAGGAUUGUGUGAAGAUGGUGACUGACAUCCAGACAGCUGUGAGGACCAACUCUACCUUUGUCCAGGGCUUGGUGCAGCAUGUCAAGAAGGAGUGUGACCGCCUGGGGCCAGGCGUGGCUGAUAUGUGCAAGAACUACGUUGACCAGUAUUCUGAAGUUGCCAUUCAGAUGAUGAUGCACAUGCAGGAUCAGCAACCCAACGAAAUCUGUGCUCUGGUUGGCUUCUGUGACAAGGUCAAGAAAGUACCAAUGAAGACUUUGGUCCCUGCCAGUGAGGCCGUCGAGAACGUCUUCCCUGCCCUGGAGCUGACAGACUCCUAUGAGGCCCAGAACAUUAUUUUCUGCCAGGCUUGUCAGUUUGUGAUGAAGAAGUUGUCUGAACUAAUGUCUAACAAAGCCACUCAGGACCUACUAAUUAAUGCCGUGAGCAAAGCAUGCACACUGAUCCCGGCUCCUGCUUCCACCAAGUGCACGGAGGUGAUACAGACGUACGGCCCCUCCCUGGUGGACGUCCUUCUGCGUCAGGUGGGCUCAAGCUUAUGUGGUGUGGUCCGCCUCUGUUCCGCUAGCCCUGAUUCACUGGGGUCAUUUGAGCAGCCUGCAAUGCCCAUCCAGCCUGGGCUACUCAAACAGCCCGAACAGCCCAAACAGCCUGCAUUGCGUGCCAAUGUGCCUCAGAAGAAAAUUGGUGGGUUCUGUGAAGUGUGCAAGAAACUGGUCACCUAUUUGGAACACAACCUGGAGAAAAACAGCACCAAGGAGGAGAUACUUGCUGCACUGGAGAAGGGCUGCAGCUUUCUGCCUGACCCCUACCAGAAGGAGUGUGAUGACUUUGUGUCUGAAUAUGAGCCUCUGCUGGUGGAAAUCCUUGUGCAAGUGAUGGAUCCUUCCUUUGUGUGCUCGAAAAUCGGGGCUUGCCCUUCUGCCUCUAAGCUGCUGCUGGGAACUGAGAAGUGUGUCUGGGGCCCUACCUACUGGUGUCAGAACAUGGAGACUGCAGCCCGGUGCAAUGCUGUCGACCAUUGCAAACGCCAUGUGUGGAACUAGUUUUCCAGCUUGCAGAAGUUGCAGCCUAAUUGUGGGUCUAGGAUAAUGAACACACAAGAUUAUUUGACUUCAUUCUGAAUAGGACCCCUGCCUCCCCCUUCUCUUGUCCUUCCCCCCUCUUGUGCAUUGCUGUCAUGUAAGAGGUGCUGAUGGCCCCUUUCAGUGUUCCCCUUCUGCCUGAAGGAUGAGGACAUUCAGGGCAUCAGCUCCUCAGCUGCCCUUUCACCCACCUGCUAGAGGGGGUGCUGAGCCAGAGAGCAGGAACGCUGGCUGAGCCCUGACUUGGUGUAGGGGGUGGGGCUUCUGUGGCCACCUCCUACCUUGAAGAGGGAGCUGCUCACCUUCCUGUGGUACCAAGGAGUUUUCUAUGGAUGAUUUGAAGCACAGGAUAAUCAGGUCUUAAGGUUGAUGGAAUUGUCAUAGCACAGAGAUUUCAGAAGCACCAGCAGGUGGCUCGCUUGGGACGCUGCUGUCUAGGUCAGCCUCUCCCUCCACUUUCCUGUAUUCCCCGUCUGCCUUGUUUGGGGUUCUGUGGGCUAGGGUGGGGAGGGGAAACUUCUGAAUGUAACUUGCCCAUGCCAUGUGGGCCUGGCCUUUUGUUGUGUGGGUCAUGAACAGUGUUGUCUGCUUGGCUGUCAGGGCCCUGCACGCCCCUCUCCUACCUUGUGGCUCUUGUUGAAUUGCUCAUUCACCUCAUCAUGGAUGAAGCAUCUGCCUGGCAGCGGGUGAUGAACUGGGGGGUCUCUGUGUAGAGUAGGUACUGUCGGGAACCGUGGCUGGUCUCUUGUGUCUCCGGUUGCCAGGAGACAGCAGGAUGGGCAUGUGCAGCUAAAUGGACCUAGAUUUUAAUUUGUUUUGCACUAAAGUUUCUGUGACUUAAUAAAGUUCUGUUAACCAGA